AUGGACGCCUCCUCCCUCCGCAUCUCCAAGUUCGAUGGAACUAACUUCCACGCCUGGAAGUUCAAGAUGCAGAUGGUGCUGGAGGAACGGGACCUAUGGGAGGUCGUCAGCGGUGAGAUCAAGGCGGAACAGUGCGAGACUCAGUUGGACCAAGCGACGUACAAGAGGAAGUCAAGAAAGGCGAUGGCAGUGAUCUGUCUAGCCAUGGAAGAUUCCCAGCUACCGUUGGUCCGGUCGGCAAGUGGUGCAUGCGACGCAUGGUCAAGGUUGGAAGACCACUUCGAGAAGAAGAGUCUUGCCAACAAGCUGUUCUUGCGCCGUCGCUUCUUCACGACAAUGAUGGAAGAAGGCGACGAUGUGCUCGAACACAUCAACAAGCUCAAGACGCUGGCGGAACAGCUAGAAGCGGUGGGGGCUCCAGUCUGCGAGGACGAUCUGGUGAUCACACUUCUCGGCAGCCUGAGUGACUCGUAUCAAUUCUUGAUCACAGCUUUGGAGUCGCGCUCAGACACUCUUAGCUGGGAGCUCGUGACGUCUCGACUGCUUCAUGAAGAAAUGAAGCGGAAGGAGCAAGGAAGUAAAGGUGAUGAAGCUUCGCAAGGUCAAGCGUUCAUCACAAAGGGACAAUCAGCGCAAAGGGCGACCAGUGAAGAAGUCCUGGCCGUGCCACAAUUGCGGAAAGAUUGGUCACUGGAUGGCGGACGUGCUCAAGACAGCGGCGACCGCUAUCGAUCACAACGUGCAAACGUCGCUCAAGAAGAAGACUCGGGCGACUACCUCUUUUCGAUCGGUGAAACGACAUCUGCGAAAUCGAGCGACAUCUGGCUGGUCGACUCCGGGGCGACGCAGCACAUGACGUGCUCCAAGAAGUUCAUGCGGAACUACAAGGGGUUUGACGCUGUGGAUGUCCAUCUCGCGGAUGAUGGAAUCGUCCAAGCAAUCGGCAGUGGGGACAUUGUCAUGUCGAUGAAGACACCCCAAGGGAUGAAGAAAGGUGUGCUCACAAACGUGUGGCACAUCCCAAAGUUAUCCAGAAACCUGUUCUCGGUCGGCCGCUUCACCAAGGAUGUCGGCCCAGUGACGUUCACGAAGGAUGGGUGCUAUGGAGAAGCGAAAGGGACCAAGUGGAAAAUUGGUGCCCGUGAAGGUAAAGGACUGUUCAAGCUGCAAAUGACUCCAGUGGCGCCGGAACAAGCAAAUGCAGCCAAGUCGUCGGGAUGUCAAGGGGGCACCAAGUCGUACCUCUGGCACCUUCGGCUUGGCCACAUAGGUCACGAUGGACUCAAUUGCAUCGUGACGAAGAACAUUGGAAUUGGCAUCGACAUAUCUUCGGUGAAGAAGUGGGACGUGUGUGAAGGUUGUGCUCUGGGAAAACAGACUCGAGUGCGCUUCCAAUCAAACACUACAGCUCGCACCUCCAAACUCCUCGAAGUGAUUCACAGCGACGUAUGCGGACCGAUGUCGAUGGCAACUUUCAGUGGAAAACGGUACUUCGUGACAUUCAUUGAUGACAAGUCAAGAUACUGUGUCGUCUAUCUGCUCAAGAGCAAAUCUGAAGUUGCGGCGAAGUUCAUGGAAUACGCUGCGAUGGCCGAAACGCAAACCGGAAAGCGCGUGAAGUACCUUCAAAGCGACAAUGGGGGUGAAUACAAGUCCGACAAGCUGGCACGAUUCUGCGCGGAACGGGGAAUACAACAAAGGUUCACACCCCCAUAUACUCCUCAGCUAAACGGAGUAGCUGAGAGAAUGAAUCGCACGCUGGUCGAGUGUGCGCGUUGCAUGAUGGAACACGCUGGACUGGGAAAGAGCUACUGGGGUGAAGCAGUGAUGACGGCGAUGUUUCUUCGAAACCGCUGUCCAACACGUGCCAUUCACCAAGACAAGUCUCCAUAUCAAGUGUGGACGAUGAAGAAACCGAUUCUGGCCAACCUUAAAGUGUUUGGAUGCCACGCGUAUGUUCAAGUGCCUCAAGACAAACGCGCGAAGUUCGACUCCAAGUCAUCACUCUGUCGUUUCCUGGGAUACGUCGAACACCAGAAGUCAUAUCGAUUUGAGGAAGUGUCAACAGGAGCGAUCAAGAUCAGUCGCGAUGCCACAUUCAUGGAAGACAAGUUUGAUGAAGGUCCGCGCAACUACAACGAUGAGUCAAGUGUCGUUGAGUUUGAUGAUCAUGAUGAGGACGAAGAAAAAGAAGAAGGUAAAACUGACGACGACAUGGACUCGAGCGACGAUGACAACGAAGACACCAGGUCUUCGAAGAGCAACAUCAAGAGACACACGCGCACUCAAUCACUUGAGAAAGCUACCGUCAUUCCAAGUCCCAAGCGAAGAACAUACAGAGGUCCGUCGCUUGAGCAUGUUGGGGAAACGCCGACUACAUUCAAGUCGGCGAUGGAAUCAAGCGACUCCGGCAAGUGGAAAGAAGCGUGUGACUCGGAGUUCGAUUCGCUUCAGAGAAACGACACGUGGGAAAUCGUGCCUCUUCCGAAAGGUCGCAAGGCCAUCGGGUGCCGAUGGGUUUUUCGUGUAAAGGAGAAUCAAGAUGGCGAAGUUGAACGUUUCAAGGCAAGACUUGUGGCCAAAGGAUUCUCACAGAAAUUCGGAGUUGACUAUGAAGAAACUUUCGCACCGGUGGCCAAGUUCACAUCGAUUCGUGUGGUGCUCAGUAUGGCGGCUAAGUACGGCCUAAUGCUACAUCAGAUGGACGUCAAGACAGCGUUUCUUAACGGCUCCCUCAACGAAGACAUCUACAUGGACCAGCCGGACGGAUACCUGGAUGCAACACAGCCGGACUAUGUGUGCAAGCUAAAGAGAUCACUCUACGGCUUGAAGCAAUCGCCUCGCAUGUGGAACCAAACAAUCGAUGGGUUCAUGAUCAAGAUGGGAUUCAAGAAGUGCGAAUCGGACCACUGCAUCUACAUCAAGCGAGACGACCAAGACAUGAUUCUCGUGGUGCUCUACGUCGAUGAUCUCAUCCUGGCCAGCAGCAACAACGAACUCCUCAAGUCAACCAAGAUGGCGCUGAGCAAACGCUUCGAAAUGACGGAUCUCGGUGAGCUUGAUUACUUUCUCGGCAUGGAGAUCAAGAACGACCGUAAGACGGGAAUGGUGACCGUACAACAAACCAAGUUUCUCAAGUCCGUGUUAACCAAGUUCGGAAUGGAUAACAGCAAGCAGUGA